GUGACAAGAGUUAGCAAAGAUUAAGCCGACAAGGUAAGAUCUUGAUGGGGAAGAACAGCGGAAGUUCGUGGCUCACUGCGGUUAAGAAUGUUUUUCGGUCACCGGAGAAGAAAGGCCCCAGAAGAAGAGAACGUCAACAAUACAACGGCCUUGCCCAAGAAGACGAAGAGGAACACCAGCAACAAACGAAGAGAGGAAAAAGAAGAUGGCUAUUCAAGAAAGCUUCUUCUGAUUCUUGUGCAAGAGACGUCGGAAUAAACAUUAAAAAUGCAGGCAACACUAGUUCUGCCGCUGUUGAUGCGAUUCCGGCCGAGGAAAAGGAGAAAACAGCGUCUCCGGCGGCAAAGGAAGCCGUCUAUUUCUGUCGGACAUCUGUCUACCUUAAAAGACACUUGGCUGCUAUUCUCAUUCAGACAGCUUUCCGAGGAUGCCUGGCACGAAAGGCGUUCAAGGCCCUAAAAGGAAUUGUGUUACUACAAGCCCUAGUGAGAGGCCACAACGUGCGUAGACGAGCUAGCAUUACUUUGCAUCGGGUCCAGGCUCUGGUUCGGGUCCAGGCUCGGGUUAUGGAUCACCGGAGAAAACUCACGGCCAGUCCUGGGGACGGAGCUACCUUGUCUCGUGCUUUCUCUAAACAGAUGUGGAGAACCACAGCGAGAGAAGCACAUAGUGAAAGCGAAUUAGAGGACAAAAGACCACGUAGAGUAAACCGGUUCGGUUAUCAAGAAUUCGGAAGGAGAAUGUCAACCGAUCAGACAAUCGUUGAACCGGUCAAGAUAGUUGAGAUCGAUACGUACAAUACGUACUCACACCACCAACAACGCAACGACCGAACGCCACGUGAGAAUUCUCGCGUCGCGAGACAAGUCCAUUCGAUACCAAAUUACAUGUCUACCACUGCCUCAACCGUGGCUAGGUUCCGACCACAAAGCGUACCUAGGCAGAGAUCAAACCAGACCGGUUUAGAUGAAAACGAACCAAGAUUAAAAUUGGUUAGAAAGCGAUUGUCAUUUCACAAAGAUAAUCCGCAAUCUGAUGGUUAUUUUUGGUACGAUAAGAAAACGGAUGAUCAGGACUCACGAGGAUGUUCAGCACUAAACUAACUGGAUCGGUUUAUGGGAAGCUGAUUGAACCGGUUAACGAUUGAAAAAUCUUAUUUUUGUAUUUGUAUUGCGUAUUGACUGAACCAGGGGAUUUUUGGUUUUGCUUUAGUUAAUAUGCACGAGGCAGUUAGACCAUCCACAAUGGUGGAUUUGUGGAUGGAGUCCUUAGCAUUAAAAAAAAUAUUUUUUUUGUUUGAAUAGUUAAGAAUUUUAAUUGUUUUAUGUAUGUGCACUGGUGUUACCCGAAAUAG